CCGAAUACGUCCAACCCCUUCGAUUCGUCGACGAUAACACGGUGAAAUGUAUGCCAAAACGAUACCAAUACCGCACACCACGUCGGAGAAGAGCAACACGUUUAAUGGAUCGCCCCCUGACAAGCCAAGACUCGUAUUCGGUGGGAACUACAUCAAAGAAGGCAGGGACUCCGUGAGAAGUACCUGUCUGAUUUUCUCUCCGAAAGAAGAUGACUCUGUUGGAGCACUGGGAAAAUAUCUACAAUUAUUCGCUCGACACGAAGUUAAUCUGUUGCAUAUCGAAUCGAGAAGCUCCCUUCGCCAUGCGAACGUCUACGAAUUCAUGGUGGAGUGUGCGCCGGGUGGAAACCUCGGUGCUAUGAUCGAGAAUUUACGCGACCAAUGCAGUUAUUUCUCGAUCAUUUCCAGAAAUCAUAAGGACAAUAUGGGAACCGUGCCGUGGUUCCCAAGGAGGAUUAGAGAUUUGGACAAAUUCGCUAAUCAAAUUCUGUCGUACGGGGCAGAACUGGACAGCGAUCAUCCUGGCUUCACGGAUUCUGUAUACAGACAGAGACGGAAAUACUUCGCUGACUUGGCUUACAACUACAGAGAUGGUCAACCCAUUCCUAGGGUGGAAUACACCAAAGAGGAAACUGAUACGUGGGGUGUAGUUUUUCGAAAUUUGACGAAACUAUACCCAAAAUAUGCGUGCAAGGAGCACAAUCACGUCUUCCCUUUGCUUAUCGAGAACUGCGGUUAUAGGGAGGACAACAUUCCUCAGCUCCAGGAUAUAUCGAGCUUUUUGAAAGAUUGCACGGGUUUCACGCUUCGUCCAGUGGCCGGUUUGUUGUCCUCGCGAGACUUUCUGGCCGGUCUAGCGUUCAGAGUGUUCCAUUGCACGCAGUAUAUUAGACACGGCAGUAAACCAUUAUACACACCGGAACCGGACGUAUGUCACGAAGUACUUGGCCACGUACCGCUGUUCGCCGAUCCUUCGUUCGCUCAGUUUUGUCAAGUUGUCGGCAUGGGGUCUCUUGGCGCCCCGGACGAAUAUAUUGAGAAACUUGCCACGUGCUUUUGGUUUACGGUGGAAUACGGUAUAUGUCGGCAAAAUGGCGAAUUGAAAGCAUACGGUGCUGGCCUGCUCUCCUCGUUCGGGGAGCUGGAAUAUUGUUUAAGUGGCAAACCAGAACUGCGACCUUUUGAACCGUCGAAGACAGCGUUGCAAAAAUAUCCGAUAACGGAAUAUCAACCUGUCUACUUCGUCGCUGAGGAUUUUGAGGAUGCAAAACAGAAAAUGAUCAAAUUCGCUGAGAGUAUCCCAAGAAAGUUCGGAGUCCGAUACGAUCCGUACACUCAGAGCAUCAAUAUAAUUGACAGCAAGCAUCAGAUUGAAGAUCUGGUUUAUAACGUGAAUCAAGAAGUACAAAUUUUAAUGGACGCAUUAAGGAAACUGAAACAGUAGAACUACAUUCUUCGUCGACACCGUGUAACAAUUAGUGUAAUUAUUAACUAAGUAGCAUAAAUCCUUAAACGUACGCUUGCAGCCAGUCCCUGCGCAAGUUUUUGUAUAAUAUACUAUUUUAAAGUCACAUUCAGAUAUUGAACACACGAGAACAAGAUUGGCGAUGUCAACAUUAUAUUGAAUCAAUAAAAUUUUUAUACUAUA